GUGACCUGUGUGCUCCUGAGCCUCAGUCCACACUAUCUUCACCACUCACACUGCCGAGAGAGCUCCAGCCACCCAGCCCAGUGGUCUCGGCAGUGGAAGGAACAGCACAGGAAUAAUGGCAGGUGGGGCUCCUGGUGCCCAGGGCCCCUGCCCCACAGUCCCUGCCCCAGGCUGUGAAAGGUCUCCUGACACAGAGGACAACACCCUGAGCCCCAGAUCAGCCACCAGAAUGCCUGGCGAGAUGGACAAGCCGCUGAUCAGCCGCCACCUGGUGGACAGUGAUGGCAGCCUCACCGAGGCCCUCAGCCAGGGCCCCAAAGUGGGCAUCCUGGGCAGUGGGGACUUCGCCCGCUCGCUGGCCACACGCCUGGUGGGUUCCGGCUUUGGCGUAGUGGUGGGGAGCCGCAAUCCCAAACGCACGGCUGGGCUGUUCCCCGCUGCAGCCCAAGUGACUUUCCAGGCGGAGGCGGUGAGCUCCCCGGAGGUCAUCUUUGUGGCUGUAUUCCGAGAGCAUUACACCUCGCUGUGUGGGCUCAGCGACCAGCUGGCCGGCAAGAUCCUGGUGGACGUGAGCAACCCCACGGAGCAGCAGCACCUUCAGCACCGCCAGUCUAAUGCCGAGUACCUGGCCUCUCUCUUCCCUGCCUGCACGGUGGUCAAGGCCUUCAACGUCAUCUCCGCCUGGACUCUGCAGGCUGGCCCGAGGGAUGGGAACAGGCAGGUGCCCAUCUGCAGUGACCAGCUGGAGGCCAAGCGUUCUGUCUCCGAGAUGGUGCGUGCCAUGGGCUUCACGCCUGUGGACAUGGGAUCCCUGGCAUCAGCCCGGGAGGUGGAGGCCAUGCCCCUGCGCCUCCUCCCAGGCUGGAAGGUACCCACCCUCCUGGCGCUGGGGCUCUUCAUCUGCUUCUAUGCCUACAACUUCACCCGGGACGUGCUGCAGCCCUACGUGCAGGAGGGCAGGAACAAGUUCUACAAGCUCCCUGUGUCCGUGGUCAACACCACACUGCCCUGCGUGGCCUACGUGCUGCUGUCGCUGGUGUACCUGCCUGGUGUGCUGGCGGCUGCCCUGCAGCUGCAUCGCGGCACCAAGUACCAGCGCUUCCCCGACUGGCUGGACCACUGGCUGCAGCAUCGCAAGCAGAUCGGGCUGCUCAGCUUCUUCUGUGCGUCACUGCACGCACUCUACAGCUUCUGCCUGCCACUGCUCCGCUCCACCCGCUACGACGUGGUCAACCUGGCCAUCAAGCAGGUCUUGGCCAACAAGAGCCACCUCUGGGUAGAGGAGGAAGUCUGGAGGAUGGAGAUAUACCUCUCCCUGGGAGUGCUGGCCCUCGGCACCCUGUCCCUGCUGGCUGUCACCUCACUGCCAUCCAUCGCAAACUCACUCAACUGGAGGGAGUUCAGCUUCUUUCAGUCCACACUGGGCUUCGUGGCCCUGGUGCUGAGCACGCUGCACACACUCACCUACGGCUGGACCCGCGCCUUCGAGGAGAGCCGUUACAAGUUCUACCUGCCCCCCACCUUCACGCUCACACUGCUGGUGCCCUGCGUGGUCAUCCUGGCCAAAGGCCUGUUCCUCCUGCCCUGUUUCCGCCGCAGACUCGCCAAGAUCCGGAGGGGCUGGGAGAAGGAUGGCACUGUCAAGUUCAUGCUUCCAGUGGACCAUGUGCUGGCUGAGAAGACGAGCCAUGUGUGAGCUGCCUACUUCGGGUCCGGAAACCAGCCCAGGCACCUGGUGGCCUGAGCCCAUUGGGGUCCCAUUUUGGGAUGGGACAGAGCUGUGUAAUUGUGCGCAAAGGAUGGUUUGAGGUCCAAGCUCUGGGGACACAAAUGUACACAGUAAUACUCCGAAUGACACACACAUGUAUGUUUGUGUGACAUCUAUGUACAGUCAUCCCCACCUCCCCGCCCUCACAGGAAGCUGGUUCCAGGACCCCUCACAGAUACCCAAAUCUGCAGAUCCUCAGAUUCCUUAUAUAAACUGGCAUAGUAUUUGCAUAUAGCCUAUGCACACCUACCAAUACGCUUUAGGUCAUCUCGAGGGUACUUAGAAUACCUGAUACUGUGUAAAUGCUGUGUAAAUAAUCAUUUUCCUGUGUUGUUUAGAGAAUAAUGGCAAGACAGAAAUGUGUAUGCAUUCAGUACAAAUGCAGCCAUCAUAGGCCUAAUUAUUGAUGAGUAGGUCAGCAACAAUGGAACAUUUUCCAUGGAGAGUUAGUCAAGUCUGGAUGUGGACAGGUGCCACAGAUACAGAGGAGCCGACUGCAUGUGUGUUUUAUAUAUAACAGGAUUUGUGAUUAGACUUAGCUUAAACGCUGGGGUCUGAGAUUUCAACUUGUAGAUUUAAAGGCAAGUGCCAGACAUUCAAGCAGCAGAUAAUGCCCUGUGACAUGUCCGGAGAUUUGCCCACGCUUUGUGCAAAGAGGCUGGUACCUUGUACUUACAUCCACUUAUGACCCCCACACACACACUGCCCUCCUGCUCUUACCCAUGCUCUAAGGUGGCAGGGAAGACACCAGCUCUGCCAUGAGCCAGCCUAGGCACCUGCAAGCACAGGGCUGAGAGAGGAUGGUGCGCAAGGGUGUGCAUCUUCCCUUGUCCACCUUGGAAAGCAGAGAGAGACCCAGAGUGGAGCAGAAGCCCAGGAGAGGUGAGCCUGAGUCCGUGCCCUGGAAGUCUUUGCCAGAUAGGGGUGGGUGGGCAGGUAGGGGCUGGGACUGAAACUGCUCUCCCUAACUUUCCCUGAGCAGGGGAGAUUAUUUCCCUGAAGUCAGAAGUCACUGUGGAGCCUGCAAAUUGAUCCUCCUGUAAGAGUGUGAAGUCACCUCCUUGCCAGAGCCACUAAUGAAUCCGUCUUGAGAACAAGUGUAAUUUCUUUCCCUCCUUUAAGUUGGUGAUGACCGUUCUUUAAACCACUGUGCCUUCUCACCUUUCCGAUCAUUAGUCUGAAUGUCUCCUAGGAAGGCCUUAGCAGACCCUUUAAAAAUCAGCCUAAGGGGGGGGUGGAGGGAAACACCUGCAAGUUCACUCAGCCUCAAGCUGAGCCCUUGUCUUGGGCCCUGCCCAGGGCCUGGAGGGCUGUCUUUAUUAAGUAACUCCUGUGGAAAAACACUGGGGACCCAUUUGAACAUCUGCUGCUUCUGGGCAAGGGCCUUGCCUUCCAAGCCCUCAGAAAGCCACAUGGACCCCCGUUCCUCCUUAUGGAAUACUGCAUAAAAAAUAAAAAAGUAAAUUUUAAAAAGCUGGGAAGGCAUUUUCCACCAAAGCUGCAAGCCCAGAAUACUGCUGUCCCAAAGCACAAAGGACGGCCUCCUGCCAGGGCCACAGGGCACUGGCCACACACCAUCCCUCACUGCUUCAUACUGAGCUGGCUUAGUUCCCCUGCAGAGAGCCAGCUGCUUACCAGUGAGCACCCUAAACCCCACAGAACAGGAAGAUCUGCCACCAAAAAGCACCUUAGAACACCAAGGGGUGAGGCCCCAAAGGGUCUCCUGGGCCAGAGGCUCUGUCAUGGAACUGAGAGUGGACCACCAGGGCUAGCAGACUGUGCUACAGAGGAGGCUGCCUCUGCCCGAGGAGGCUUCAUGAACUCAUAUCUGUAGAGCACUUUAGGGUCCUUCCGUGAAAAGAAAGAGAAAAAAAAAAGCCUACUGCAAGAAUAUUCCAUUAGGCCCAUGACUGAUGGAAAGACGGCAGUGCCGGGGAAGCUGUCUGCUUCCUGUAGAUAUUUCCAUCUGCUGCUCUAGUGCCGAGCAGCACAAACUUGUCUCAUAAAUUGGCACCGAGGGAGCAUUGGCCGCAAGUUGCAGAGAAGCUCUUUGGGAGGGGCAGGUGGAGCGGAAACUAGCGUUUGUGUGACACAGUGAGAGUCCAUUGAUUCCCUACUAAUGGAGAGCAGGUAGACAAGGGCAAUGGGAACCCAUCAUGAGCCCCAAACCCAGUGAGUACUGGCUGCCUUCCUUCUCCAACCCUCCCGGGGCCAGGGGAUGGGUCCUUAUACCAAAGAUGCUGACACAGCAAUGUCCCAUGUACGUCCCCUCUCCACCAACCACCUCCUGCUGUGAGUGCUCAUCAGGAGAGAAGAUUCCAAGGUGGGUGGAGAGGGCAGGGGCAACAGAGGGCCUGCACCCACCAUCUGGCUGCUCAGCUCACAGAAAUCAAGUGGGCUAUAUGGUGGCCCUGACCUGGGCCUAUGGGCUUCCCUACCUCACCAGGCAGCUGGCAACAGCACCCGCAGAGAGCAAGCCACUCCCUACCGCCUGGUCCACUCUGUGUGCCUCUGGUACAGAAGUGCCUCAACCAAUGUGCUCUGGAGACCCUAAAUGCCAUGGUCUGAGAUUGAUGUUUAAAACCUAUGCCAUAAAAGUCCGUGUAUUUUUCGUUAACCUUGUAGAGCUUGUCUAAGAAGCAGCAAAAAUAAACACCUUCUGUGAA